CCGUUCGCCCGUUCCACUUCUCUUCUCUCCCAAUAUUAUAUAGCAGCAGCCGCCGGUGGUCUCUUCUCUCGUGCCUUUUUGUGGUCUCUUCUCUGGUGCCUUUUGCUGCCAUUAUUAUAGCCCUUUUCAACUCGUGUGUGCCUUUGAACAUGGCUGCUAAACACUCCCAACUGAACGGGGCCUACUAUGGCCCAUCCAUCCCUCCUCCCACCUCCUACCAUCGACCAGGCCGCCGCGUCCACUUCGGUCUCUGCUCCUGCAUCUUCAAUCUCCUCCUCACCAUCGUCGUCGUCGUCGGCCUCGCCGUUUUCUUGUUCUGGCUCAUCGUCCGCCCCAACGCUGUCAAAUUCCACGUCACCGAUGCCUCCCUCACUCAAUUCAACUACACCUCUAACAACACCCUCUUUUACAAUCUCUCCCUCAAUAUCACCGCCCGAAACCCCAACCGCAGGCUCGGCCUCUAUUACGACAAAAUCCGAGCCUCGGCUUCGUACCAGGAUGCGUGGUUCGAUUCUCAGACUCUGACACCCUUCUAUCAGGGCCACAAGACCACGGAUUUUUUGAACCCUGUCUUCGUGGGUCAACGCUUCUUGCUUCUUGAUUCCACCCAGGCUUCGGAGUUGAGCAAGGAUCAGAGCUCUGGGCUUUAUGAUAUCGACGUGACCCUGCAUCUCAAGAUAAGGUUCAAGUUAGGAGCCUUGAAGACCUUCAAGUUGAAGCCCAAGGUUAAAUGCGACUUGUCAUCACUUCCUCUCACUCCCACCAGUACACCUGACGGAGGCUCAUCCGCCGGUGGUUUUCAGAUCAAGCGGUGCGAUCUCGAUUACUGAUAUCGUCACUUUCCCUUUUGUGUAUCAUAAGCACUCCCGGCCUAUCCCAUCCCGGCAGACCCGUUUCGCUACAUUCUUGCAUAAUCUCCGUUUUUUCCUAUUCAUUUUUCGGGGGCUUUGAUGUCUCUGGUUGAUGCGACUUUCGCGAUAUACGGUAUUGCUUUAUCUAAUUAUAAUUUUUCAUCAUCAUCAUAUACAUAGUUGUAUCCGACUUUUUCCUUGUUUACAAAUAAAAUGUGAUUUCUUUCGUUUGUUUUUUA